GAUGUCACUUGUGUUUGACAUUUUCAUUUCAGAAUCCAUCCAGGUGGGGAACAUCAAGGCAAGGGUAGCCCUGAUGUGAUUGGGUAGGGGUCAGCAGCAGUAAAGCAGAGAUGGUCCUUCCGACAGGGAAAACCCCAUACGACACCUACCCCACCUGGCUCAAGUUCCACAUCAGCAUCAAUCGCUACGAGCUGUACCCCCGCCAGGACCCCAUCACCCACACCCUGUUGGAGGAGCUGGCCAUGCAGAAAAUUGUUGGCUCAGUCCAGAAACCUGGAGGAACCCAGCUGAAACUAAUCAUGACGUUCCCAAACUAUGGGCAGGCACUCUUCAAACCCAUGAAGCAAACCCGGGACCAGGAGACCCCAGCAGAUUUUUUUUACUUCUCAGACUUUGAACGGCACAAUGCAGAAAUAUCAGCCUUCCACCUGGACCGGAUCCUGGAUUUCCGGAGAAUCCCCCCAGUUUCUGGCCGCUUGGUGAAUAUAACCAACGAGGUUCGUGACAUCACAACUGACAAGAAGCUGGCUAAAACUUUCUUCAUCUCUCCAGCUGGCAACGUCUGCUUCUACGGUGAGUGCUCUUACUACUGCUCCACAGAACAUGCCCUGUGUGGCAAACCCGACCAGCUUGAGGGCUCCAUGGCCGCCUUGCUGCCCGACAAGUCCCUGGCCAAACGUCGCUCCUGGCGCAGUCCCUGGAGGCGUUCUUACCACAAGAGCAAGAAAGCCGAGUGGGAGCUGAACCAGAAUUACUGCACCCAAGUGCGGGAGACACCACCCUAUGACAGAGGCUCCCGCCUGCUUGACCUCAUUGAUAUGACUGUGCUUGACUUUCUAAUGGGUAACAUGGAUCGGCAUCACUACGAGACCUUUGAGAAGUUUGGUAACGACACCUUCCUGCUGCACCUGGACAACGGGCGAGGAUUUGGAAGACAUUCUCAUGAUGAAAUGUCCAUCUUGGCCCCCCUCCAGCAGUGCUGCAGUAUAAAGAAAUCAACAUACUUGCGCCUGCAGCUGCUGGCUACGGAAGCCUAUCGCCUCAGCGAUGUCAUGCGGGAGUCACUGGCCUCCGACCGCCUCUCCCCAGUCCUAUCAGAGCCUCACUUGGAGGCACUGGACCGGCGCCUCCAGAAGGUGUUAGACAUGGUGAGGGAGUGUAUGGUGAAGGAAAGCCGCAAGGAGGUGCUGGUGGAUGACAUGGGGAAUCGUAAACACGGGAUACGGCAGCGCAAAGAGGAGAAGCGAGCACAAGCGUGACAGGGAUGGUUAGGCACCCCCUUGCCUCUACACUACUCCCCAAGGCUGCCUCUGCCAUCAGGAUUCUCGCUAAAUGGCAGGCAAGACUGGUGCCCAACCCAAAAGCCCUUGUUGAUCGUCUAUAGCAGGGGUGUAGCCCCUGUGUCAUAAACCCACCCCAAAAGCAAGAAUGAUUUGGGGGUUCAGAGUGUCUCAUGCACCAAUAUUUGUCCCCAGUUUGGUUUAACUACCUUUCAGUCUCUCUCAAAAGCUAAUGAUAAGCUGCAUUCAUUUGUAUCACUUGUAUCACUGUGUGGAACAUGCUGUUCUGUAGGUA